AUGUCGAGACUGCUCGAAGAAAAAUCCAGCAACUUCGGAGCCUUGGAGCAUGGGACAAGGGCCAUGAAUAUAUCACAGCUUUGCCAGAAAGGUUGCGGUGCCAUAAUCAAGUCGUCAUCGAAGCAGCACAGCUCUACCUCACCUAGGGACACUAUGCUCGAGCAUGGGAUACAUCUGCUCAGACGAGAAUUUGACGAGGAAUUGAUUUGCCUCCUGCUGUUAUCAGCGUACAUCGGCAUUUCUAGACAUGGAAAGAUCGCCACCGCUUUAGGUCUUGCCAACCGACUCCGAGAUCUCGUCACAGACGAUGUCUUUGCACAGAAAGCGCAAUCAAGCAAUUCCACUGAACUCGCCAGCAAUCAUGUCUACGAAAUUCCCUCCAACAGUUAUGCAAAGUCUCCUCCGGCAAUGGGAAAUCCCGAUGCUGCACAUUGUUGCAAUUGCUACGGUGUAUCCGAACUCAGAGUCUUAAUCCAAUUUUGGUUAUGGAAGAUAUUUGUGGUCGCUGCUGAACAGGGUUUCCUUGACGAGAUCCCAACGAAAAGAGAGGCGGCCUCAAAGCUCGACGAAAUCCGCUUGUGGGCAUUGGAGUAUGAUCGACUCCGCGAAGCUCGAUACAUUACGUAUGCUCGGAUUGACUUGCUCAAAGAUCCCGAAGGGGACGUGAGGUGUCUCCGGCAGCUCCUGGCGUCGAUUCAGAACAGUCCGGUGAUGAAAGUCGAAGAGGCUCAGACACACCUCGAUCUGGCAAGAUGUACGCUAAAUCUUCAGGGAGAUCUCAGCAAUCCUACAAUCCUGGAACACCUGGAUCGCGCAACGACGCUUUUCAAAGAGGUCGGACACACAUAUGGACCGCUAGAUCUUGAGGAUAUGCAACUGACAUGGAAGAAAGACUCAAUCAGACUGGAAGAAUUUUUGAAGAGAAAGAUUGAGCUUAGUGGUGCCUACUUUGAGCAACAUUGUUACCAGCAAGGCAUUAAAUGCUUGAUCUUUGGCAUUCCGGUUAGCCACGAGCUCGGCAACGUCCAAAAUGAGACGACCAAGAUGAUCGAACGCGCCCAAAAGGAAAUCCGCCAGGUGGGAGCAACUAUACAGGAGCAAGCAUUAUUCGUUUCCGCAGUGGCUCAAACCCUCGUCAGAGCUCCCGAGUAUGGCUACGGCCGUAAAGCCUUGGAAGACUAUUUAUAUCGACUACCAGCAGAAAUAGGGCUCAAAAUUGAAGCACAGCUACGGGUUGCCAUGUCUAUGGCCAGUGCAAACUCUGGCAAUACCGAGGAGGCAGGGAGACAAGCCGAGAUGGCAAUGACGGCGGCAAUCAAAACUGCCUCGUACGAUGAAAGAUCAGAUGCAGCAUUCUUACUUGCCGUGAGCCGAAUGAAGCAAGCAAAAGCACCACGAAACAAAACCAUGGCGAUGGUAGCUCUUUCAAAUGCCUCGAUCAUUCUGCAGCUUUGGGCGUCAAUUGAUCAGUUUAUGGGACAUCACAUUCAGGCGGCAGACAAAUUCGCUUGGCUGGCGUCCAUUGAACUACAAGCAAAUAUGCUCGUGGGCGAUAAGCUGGCAUUGGAACGACUCGAUCAUUGGCUCGACGAAGCUCGUCAAAUAUGCAAUACCCACAAUAUUGUGUCGGAAAAGGUAUUUGAGAUGCAGAUCCUCCGGGCGACGCGUCUCCAGGAUUACGAUACCCCUGAUAGAAUUUCUCGAGAGCGGCUUGACGCGGCGAAAGAAAGGUCAGGCUCUUCACACUUUCACAAAGCACAACGCACCACGCAGCUAUCAAGUUGCUUGUACACCCGGUUCUGCGCUCGCGCUCAGUAG